AUGCCCACUUCUCUCCCCCUCCUUCUCCCCGACGAGAUCUGGUUGGACAUUCUCGGCUCGCUCAGGUACAUGGACCUGCGUCGCGCGAGGAGGAUCAACAAGAGGUUCUACCAGCUCGUUCAGGACCCGAAGUUCGACCUCGCCCUCUUCCGCAAGUCGCCUGUCCCAGCUUCCGAGUCCGAGAUCGAGUACAAGCUUCACCCGGUGCUCGACGCUUAUAAAGUGGGCAGUGGCACGUCCUGGGAAAUGGCCCGUCUCGUCCACUGCCACCGCGGCUUGACGGAAGGACUCGACGAUCCUCGCGGAGCAACAUACCCGUCUUCCAACCUUUACGAGUACCCUGUCUGCGCAGAGUUUGCCACGUCGCCUGCCUGCGUCAAGUUCUCCGUCAAGCACGAUCGCACGACGCUCGCGGACCUCGAAGACGACGGAGGCGUGACUGUCCUCCAAGUCUUGCACGCUUAUGCCAGCUUUUGGACGGCAUUGGCGGAUCCUCAAGAUCAAGACGAGUUCCGGAGCACUCACCCAUGGAUGACUUGCUGGAAGGACGAGCCUGUGCCGAAGUGGGCAUGCUUGAAGAUGCCGUUCACGUCUUGGCGCCCUCUCCGCUGCUCGGGCGACCGCGUCUUCCUCGAAGCCAGCAUGUGGUACGAUGACCUUGCCGACUACCUUGGCGAGUUAUUCGGCCUUUUCACUCGUCAUCCUCCGAACUCCACGAUCCCGUCGCAGGAUGACGUGACGGACUCUGAGAAGUCUGAGCAGGAGGAGUGGUAG